AGGAUAGAAAAAAAAAUUCAUACACAGACAUGAUUAGGAAGAAUCAGCGAACGUUGCCAUUCGCCAGGGAACGAGUACCAAGGAAUCGAGUACUUUUGACCAUAAAAAAUCCAUGAUUCCCGUCCGAUGUGUUGAAUUCAAAUUGAAAGAAAAGGCACUUUGUCGCCCUGGCAACAAGGCGUUUUAAUGAUCCAACAAUUUGAUCAUAUACGCACUUCACCUUUGUCGCUGAGCGCAAUGUAUCUCUGUCUGGGUCCUGAGAGGUCGGGAAAAACUCUUCUAAUGAAAUCCUUGCAAGGAGAAGACAUCGAUGAGGCAACGCAAACUGUACCAACCAACGGUACUAACAUGUUUACAAUUCGCAACGACGACGGUCAUUUUGAGGCUGUGAUCAGGGAACUUGGCGGAAGCAUGGCGCCGAUAUGGAAACACUAUUUCACCAGGGUGCGCAAGAUCAUCUACGUCAUUGACACAAGCAACCUCUGUCAAAUUAGCGCGGCUGGGGUGUUGCUUUAUUCGCUGCUAGUGGAGCCGUCAUUGAAAAAUGUGAAAAUCGCACUGGUUCUUGCUAAAAUGGAUCUCUCCUAUCGUCAGAUGAGGAAUGAGGCGCUUCUUAUGCUCCAACUGACCAGAUUGCGGAAAGAGAUCACUCAGGAGAUCACAGUCUUCGAGACAAGCGCGAUGACUGGCGAAGGAAUCGACAAGCUAAGGCAGUGGAUAUUUGACCCUGACACGGUCAAAGCUGCGAUUGCUGCCAAUGUGUAAAGAGAAGUAUACCGAACAGAGAACGAAAGAAGAAAGAAAUGGUAUGCAAACAAGUAAACGUAGAUAUAGAAGAAAAAAAAAACGUUGAUUAAAAAUAAAUUACAUGUUUAUUCA